CCCAGCCAACACUCCAGUCAGAGAUCUGUUGAAUGACCUCGCUUCGUCGGCUCAUUCAAUCUACCGCACCGCCCUUGCCUGCAUUUUGCCGAUCCGAACCACCGGAUAGAAACUGGUCGAUCGAUAUCAAGCACUUGAAACAACAUGCAGCCAGCAGUUCAGCAAGCUCGGUUUGGAGCUGCAGGCAUCCCCGUCGUUUGCCCGUUGGCAGAGUCUCAAGCUCGCGCUGGAAGGACUGCUGGCGAUUCGGAGAGAAAUGCUCCGCAGCUACGCUCGGCUCGGGGAGUUUGCCAGCAAUCCAGCCGACUUUGGCGCCAUUGUGAGCAUCAUUGAACCCUUGAAGCAGAUGAUUGUCGAUCUCGAUUUUGACGAAUAUCUCGGGGAGCUGUCCGAAACACUCAAACUGGAGCUGGAUAUCCUCCAGUCGCUCUGUCGAGCACAGGACGCCCUUUACGAUAUGGACUUCAAAUCCUCGACCCUCGAUAUGUAUGCCGCACGAACAUCCCUUGCCCGAUGGAUGGACAAGCUCGGGCUGCAAGCGUCAAGCAACAGCAAGGAGCAUCGAGUCCUCAUGUGGCUGAGUGUUUUUGCCUCGGCCACGCGGUGGAAGUUUGACUGCUACUUUUAUCGACUACUGAAGAGCAGCGACUCACUGACGUCAAAGUCAGCCACAUCAAUCGAGGAUAAGCAUGUCGAGGCACUGUCGUUCCGAUCUAUACUGUCGAGCCAGUGCUUGAACCUCCCCCUCAGCAACCUUUCGUUCAUUUAUGUGAUCCCUGCCGGAGGGUCGUACUUCAAAGACGGGUAUACGUGUCGGGGACGCGACUCGUAUGAGCAACUGCGCGGCAUUCAGUCGUUUCCUGCGAUCUUGAGUUAUCCCGAGGACACCCCACCAAUGUCGCAUUGGCCAAACAUCAUUGGUGUGUUCCAGGAUCACUUUGAACUGCGGUAUCUGGAGGGGCAGUCUCGCCCGAUCCUGGUGCAGCGGACAGUGCAGCAGCGCCCGAUGCUUGGGUCAAACUUUGCAAAGCUUGCGUCGCGGUCACAGCUGGCUUCGAGCGGGCUUGUUCAGUUCUACGACGAGGCGGUGGAUGUGACCUACUGCAUGCACAAAAUGGAUCGAUUCCUGGCUGCAGUCAUCAUCUACCAAGGACGCGUAUCCAACACCGACGUCAUGGCGCGAACGCUGGCGCUGUUCACGCUUCUGGCAGAGAAGCUGCAGCUGACCGAUGUGUUGCGAGUGUUGAAGUAGCAGUGGCCUCCUCUGGUACGGUAAUAAACGACUUCAUUCACGGCCUGGGGUAC